CGUCCAUAAGGAUGUCUGUCGCUUCGCAUGAAUCGAGCCAUCCGUUCGUCCAGCAAGACAGACACAUAGACACGAAUGAGUCGUUCCACACAAGGACCACCGACACAGCAGCAAGGAACUCAUUGGCGCACCAACAGCUCACAUGCAGUGGACCCUUUGCUAUACAUCGCACUUAUCUGUGCUUUUGCAUUCUAUGUGCGUCUUGUUUGCUUGGAAGUGUCUCCUUUCUCAUGCCAUGACGCCCGAGCCGCCAUUGCCGCCGCGUGGCGUGGUAGCGGCCGUCGACGAGCCCGACACACACGAGGCCUUGGGGGGCUGCACCACAGCCUUGGCGCCAGCCUGACAUACAUGCAGGACACAUCAGCAAAGAAAGCAACCAUUGCAAAACGACGCAUUGAUAGCCACCGCAUCCACGCCCCGCCUGUGUGGGUGCACCUGGUUGAUGUCCGUGUCGAUAUCCUUGAUCUCCUUGACCUUCUUGCCAUCCUCACCGUUGCAUGCGCAGCCCUCCUUCCCGGCACCGUUCGUCGCCGCCGCCUUCAUCGCCAUGGCAUUGCGGCGCUUCAUGAGGGUAGAUCCGGCGAUGGGGCCCAGCGUGAUAUCGGUGCGGUGCAGCGACGGGUUGAGCCGCGAGUACGUGGGGAUGUGGGGCGUCAGCGGGCUCUCACACUCAGCCGCCAUCGGUGCUGUGGGGCGAAUGCAGAGCCAGACAGAUGGGACCGAGGACACUUGAGAAGAUAGAGCGAAAGCAGCCAAAAGGGACACAAUUGAACCGCGAGAACGUCACGCUCCACUUCAUCGCCUUUUUGUCUCGACUUUCAAGCUCGCGCAGGUCUCUCCCGAGGAAACGCCCGACGUCAUCGAGUGCUGCAGGUGAC